AUGGAGUUUCGAGGCGCCUGCUUGCUUCUGUGCCUCUUUUGCCUUGUGCAGGUUACAGUCCAGCAAGCUUCCACAUUCAAGCAAAAGCCAGCGAGCUCCAAGAAAGAUGGUGUGAGCCUCAAAAUGAUUGAAGAUCUUAAGGCUCUGAUUGACAACAUCUCCCAGGAGGUGGCUUUACUGAAAGAAAAGCAAGCACUUCAGACAGUGUGUUUGAAGGGCACUAAAAUUCACCUCAAGUGCUUCCUUGCGUUUUCCGACACCAAGACAUAUCACGAGGCCAGUGAAGACUGCAUCUCCCAAGGCGGCACCCUCAGCACCCCCCAGAACGGGGAUGAAAAUGACGCGCUCUACGAGUACAUGAGGAAGAGCAUUGGGUCAGAAGCAGAUGUCUGGCUCGGCAUCAAUGACCUGGCGGCUGAGGGCAAAUGGGUGGACAUGACAGGCAGCAGCAUCCGCUACCGGAACUGGGAGACUGAGAUCACCACCCAGCCAGAUGGCGGCAAACUGGAGAACUGUGCAGCCUUGUCAGGGGUUGCCAUUGGCAAGUGGUUUGACAAGAGAUGCAAGGAUAAAUUGCCGUACGUGUGUCAGUUCAUGAUUGUGUAA